UCUAUGGUUGUCAAACUGACGUCUUGUUUUAUGGCUGUUUUGAUAAUUUUGUUUUGAUUAUGAGUUUAUUAUAUUUGUUAGACUAUAAUAACCUAAUAAGUAAUCUGCAAGUAUAUAUUUAAACUGGAGACGAUAGUAAGUGAUAAAAUGGAUGAGUCUAUCGGAUCUCAAUAUGCUUUACAAGUAGCUUUACAUACUCUCAAAGAGCGAUGUCAACACUUUCAGGAGAGACUAACCCAGUUAGAGGACGAGAACGUUAAACUCCGAAUGAAAAUAAACAGCUCGGAAGAAGACAAUUGCAGCUCUGUUUCAGAAAUUGGGAAAUUACGCCAAAAGGUAACUGAACUGACAGAACAAAAAGAACAAUUACAAAAUAAUAUUGCGAUGGUUGCAAAUGAAAAUAAACACCUGUGGGCAAGAUUAACCAAAUUAAUGUAUCUUAAACAAUCUUUAGACUCAAAGCUUAACACAAUUAGUGGUAAUUUUACUAAAGACUCUGAACUUCGAGGUAGUAAAGAUUCUGAAGAUGAUAAAUCUGACAAUAUUCUUGAUAUAAAUGGUAAAAUUAGUUUAGAUUUAGAAGAUAUUUCUCUUAAAUUGAUAUCCAGUAUUGCUAAAGAGAAAUCUGAAUUGGAACUGCAAUGUUCAGAAAUGGCCGAGUUACAAAACGGAAAACUCAAUUUGGAAAACAAGCAUGGAUUUUCAUAUUUGAUAGAAGAUGAUAACAAUUCAAGCAACAAAAAUUUUGAAAUCCACAUAGACAAACUUAAGAAUAUAAAAAUUCAAUUAUUACAGCAGAAGGAUGAAUUACAGAAAAAUUUAAAAAAUAUACAACAAAUAAACACUCACUGUAAGAAGUGUCAAAAGGCAGUUUUAAAAACAGAUAGUAAGUCAACUCUCACUUCUUUUCCCAAAUUGGAAGUAGCAGAUUAUGAAGAGCAACUUCAACUGGAAAGUUUAUCAAAGUGGGCCACACCAGAAAACUCUAGUACAUUUAUAGAUAAUAAAUUUUUUACAGUAACCGGUGCUAAGUUGAAUAACAUAAAAAAAGAUGCUAGUCAAGAGGUGGAUAAGAUUUGCCCCAUGUGUUGUGAGAUUUUUGGAAGUAAAGUGCCCUUUCUAGAGUUCCAGCACCAUGUAGAAGCUCACUUUAUAGAAAAUAUUGUUAAUUGAUUGUUAAUAAAAGCAAUGAUAUAUUUUUAAGCAAAUUGAUGAAUGUAAAUAGGUGAUGUUUAUUUUUUGUAUGUUAAACCAUUGCAUUAUUUAAAAAAAAGCAUUCUUAAAAUAACAUAUUUUUAUAAUUCCU